GCACUUGCUAUGACGCUAUCAAAGGGUGAGCCCUCGAGUGGUCGAGUUUAAAAAACGAACAUUUGGAACAAAACAGGAAGAGUGAACGUUAAACGUUAAGCGGUUUGUUAAGAGUUUUUUUUUUAAUUCAAUUCAAAUUUCUCAACAACUUUGAAUACAUAAUGGUUCGUAUAUGAGUUAUGAGUAGCUAAAGUUAAUUUUGAGCUAAGUAUAAUUUUAGGUAAUGAGUAAAUAUGAGGUUAGAAGGGUUUAAAUGAAAAAAAAAAGAAGAAGAAGAAGACCAGCCAGGCUAACUAGCUAAUAUAGCUGUUUAGUGAAAACAGCAGGUAAAAUGGCGGAUGAGGAUUUCCUGCUGGCUCUGCAGCUACAGGAACAGUUUGAUAACGAGGUCUCGGCUUCUGUAUGGAGCGACGACAACAGUGACAGCUAUCCUCUGAGCAAAAAGCGGAAAGUAGAGGCUUCUGAAUGGAGUGUGGGGUCGUAUUCCCGGCCUGUCCAGCCUGAAAGGCCGCUGUCUAUAGUGGACGAGUCGUGGGAGAUGCUGGACCCGAAUCCGGAUGUUAGAGCCAUGUUCCUGCAGUUCAACGACAUGUUCUUCUGGGGGAAACUCAGUGGGGUUGAGGUCAAAUGGAGCCCUAGGAUGACACUGUGCGCCGGUGUGUGCUCGUACGAAGGCAGAGGAGGUCUGUGUUCAAUCCGUCUCAGCGAACCUCUUCUAAAACUCAGACCUCGUAAAGAUCUUGUGGAGACGCUCCUGCACGAGAUGAUCCACGCCCUGCUGUUCGUGACGCAGAACAACCGAGACCGGGAAGGACACGGGCCGGAGUUCUGCAAACACAUGAACCGGAUAAAUCAAGCCAGCGGAACGAAAAUCUCGAUUUAUCACUCCUUCCACGACGAGGUGGACGUGUACCGGCAGCACUGGUGGCGCUGUAACGGCCCGUGUCAGAACCGCAGGCCCUACUUCGGCUACGUGAAGAGAGCGAUGAACCGAGCGCCGUCAGAUAAAGACCCGUGGUGGGAGGACCACCGGAGAACGUGCGGAGGAACGUUCACCAAGAUCAAAGAGCCAGAGAAUUAUGGGAAGAAGGGGAAGAGCGAGGAGAAGAAGGACAAGAAGGACAAGAAUGCCUCGAAGAAGCCUGGGGACAAAAGCACUGCAGGCUCAGGGUGUCAGGACAUCAGGAACAUCAUCCCGUUCAGCGGGAGAGGUUUCAUUCUUGGUGGGAGCGCACAGCCGUCAGCAUCCGUACAGAAACCGCCCAUCCAAAGUCCCACCCACUCGCCAAAACCUCUACAGGAACCAGCGCUUACGUCACCCGCUGACCUCAGAUCACCCCACAGCGUCACCACCGCUCUCGCGAAAAGGUCUGUCAGCAACCACAAAGCCUUUGUCAACAUCAACGGCUCUCCUGUGAGAGUCACCAAAGCCAACGGCAGCUUGGUGAGACCGAAACAGAGGACAGUGCAGGAUCUGUUCCAAAACAAAAACCUGAAAUCUCCCGAGAAAACAAAUCCGACAGAACUAAAGCAAGUUUCUCAUACACCAGUAUUAGAUAAUGCCUUAAAUCUAAACUCUGCUAAAACUAGCCUGGUUAAUAAGAGCUCCUCAAGUGCCUCUGCUUCUGCAGGGUCGCCCCUUUCCAAAUACUUUAGUAGCACUAAGAGUACUGGAACCGGAAUUCCAGGUCAGAUCAAACCAGAAAACGGCAUUCCAGGUUUCACAUCAGGGCAAAAGUUCCGCAAAAGUUCUGCAGCUGGAAUCUCAGGUUCAGGUUCUACAUCUCAGAUCAGUUCUAGCUCUACAAGUGCCAUCAAAUCAGAAUACGGUGCUCCAAGCUCCAAUUUAAAACACUUUGAAAGCCAGAAAAGUUCUGAAACUGGAGCAUCAGCAGCGUCCAGCAUUCCAAGCUCCAAUCUGAGACUCGCGGGAAGUCCGGAGAAAUCCGGGUCGCUUUUUCCGACACCCACCACCAGAAGCCCGCACAAACCAGGCACCUCUGCUGGAGGGAGGAAAAGAUGGCGGGAGGACUGGAAUUCUACACACAUCUUUGAUUACUUCCAGCGAGUCAGCAACUCGCCUGCAUCUCCCUCCUCCUCCUCUUCCUCCUCCUCCUCGUUCUCCAGGGUGCAUAGAGAGGAGGGACCCGGUGCGGAAGUGCCCUCUGCAGGGGCAUCAGGAGUGGGUGUUACCCUCCUCAGCUCUACUGCCCUCACUGUGACCUGCCCCGUGUGCCAGAGCAAAGUGCUGGAGUCCCAAAUUAACCAGCAUCUAGACUCCUGUCUCAUGUGACGAUAAUAGAAAAGCAUAAUGAAUAUUGUGUGUGUGUGUGUGUGUGUGUGUGUGAGAGAGAGAGACUAAGCAUGUUUGUUUGCAAAGAUCCUGAUUUCAGCAUCCUUGCUCAACAAGGGGCGGGGCUUAAAUUACACAUUUGAUCACUCAGUAGUUUCUGUAACGCUUGCUUAAUAGAGAACUGGCUGGUCAGAUAGAUACUGCUGGAGAGGUAAUGUUAAUAAGUUAGCUAGUUAAGGGCAUAGCUAUGGUCACGUUUUGCGAUUGGCUGAUUAAAUUGCACUCAAGCUCCGCCCUCGUUGACUCACAAAGUCAGGACAUGCUAAAGAUUUGUAAGUUUUAACUUUAAAAGCAGUGUGUGUGUGUAUGUGUGUGUCGUAACACGGGCAGGACUGCUGUAUGUUUGGAUAAACACAGACGUCAAUCUCAGGUACAGCUUUUCUCGGGAACACUAGUUUUAUUUAAAAACUGACAUUCAAUCGCAGCUCUUGGGGCGAUUUCACACUAAAUCUGAAUUAGAAUGAAUUUGAUACUUUUUAAUACAUGAACCAGAAAGCGAAAAAAAAUUGUCUGAGGGUGUGUAGGGCUGAAAACGUCCUCGUCAAACUCUUUCGUUAGUCAGAAAUGCGGCGGCGUUAAAAAAUAUAACAUAUAAGUAUAAUAUAAAUGUAAUAGAAUGAAUCGUUUCCUACAGUCGAGUCGAUUCAGAGUCAAAUCGCUUUCCCACUGCAGUAGAGUUUACUUUUAAAGUUCACCCGAGUGUGGGUUCCAUUCAAACAGUGCAGAUGUGAAAAUACCAGAGACCUUUUUUGCCCCAGAGAGCAUCAUCAUCAUCAUCAUCACAGUGCGAGUGUCCUGAUUGGUCAGCAGUGCCAUGAUUGACAGCACCGAGUCAUUCGUUUACUGACCUCCCCGUCCUUGGACGCAUUUAUGCCGCUUCAGCCUUAUCGGAUUCCUCUCCAUCUGCCGUAUUCCAUACACAGGGUUCAGACUGUGAGCUCGGAUAUUUCCGUCUCGUCAUCAAUAACUCUUCUGCAUGCCGUCGACGCAGUCAGGGCGUGUUUCACGUCAGGUCCUGCAAGACGAUGCAGCUCCUUUUCAGCUCAACUCCACCCAAAACCAUUAUCACGCCUUCUUAAUAGACAAUCCAGUGAAUCAGAACAGAAAAUGGCUCCCGGGUGACACGCGAAUCACUUUUCAGGUGUGACUUUUCAGCACCGCGUUGCACAUCAGGGAAAAAUACGUGGUUCAUGACUCAUGACAGAGAUUGUUUUCCAGGUGGUUUUAGUUAUGGAAUCUUGUUAAACAAUGCAAAAGCUUUGGAUUAAGAUGUUAUGACAUUGUUCUUGUUUCCAGCAUCAUGAUAAUAGGUUUGGUUUUACAAAUAUCCAGUUUUAUCGUCUAUGUGCAGCACUUUAAAUCUGGAUGCAAUGCUUCUAAAUAUUACAUACUUUUUUUUUUUUUUUAAAAAGAAAGAAUUUUAAUAGCUACCCAAAAUCAUAACAUUAUAAUUUAUAAUGUGAGUCCAAAUGUUUACUGUUUUAGAUUUUUUUUGUACCAAGUUCAUGUUUGAAUAAAUAUUUCUUCUAACUCUAA